UCGAACCGUCAAAGACAAAUUUAAUCGUACAACAUUUUGCAGCUUAAAAUUUAAUUAAAUUAUCUAUAUGUCAGGAGCAAUUUAACAUAUAGUGUCGCUGUUGAAUGAGCAAAAAGGAAAAGUCGAAUUUCAUUAAAGUGCACUCAUAAGUAAUUCUCAAUAUAUAUAAAUAAUUUUAAAUAAAUUUUAUUAGAAAAAUCGAAGUAUUUUAUGCUGCAAUUCCCAGUAUUGAGAACAUAAAAGUGACAUUUGGUGUGACGAAAUAGCUCAUAUUCGCAGUUAUAACGCGAACGCAUGAGUUAGAGGGAGUACAACAUAUGCUGUAAUAAGUCAAGUCAUACGUUGAGCUUCGAAAUUAAAGAGCGUAAAGAGGAACAAAAAUAGCAAUAAUUACAAUGGCGAAUCCAUCAAGCACCGGUGUUGUGGUUCCACGUAAUUUCCGUUUACUGGAAGAACUAGAUCAAGGUCAAAAAGGCGUUGGCGAUGGCACUAUAUCUUGGGGCCUUGAAAAUGAUGACGAUAUGACCUUAACAUAUUGGAUUGGCAUGAUUAUUGGACCACCUAGAACACCUUAUGAAAAUAGAAUGUAUUCACUGAAAAUUGAAUGCGGUGAACGUUACCCUGACGAACCUCCAACGCUUAGAUUUUUAACAAAAAUUAAUAUGAAUUGUAUUAAUCAAAACAAUGGAGUGGUUGAUCACAGAUUAGUUCCAAUGCUAGCCAGAUGGAAUCGUGAAUAUACUAUUAAAUCGAUGCUGCAAGAAAUUCGUAGAAUUAUGACUUGUAAAGAAAAUCUUAAAUUGCCGCAACCACCAGAAGGUGCACAUUUUUAGUUGGUUACAACAAUUGUUGCUGGUCUUUUAGCAACAGCUGCUGCUGUUGCUGCUACUGCUGCUGCUGAUGCUAAAAAUCGUAAUCAUUUUUUUCGUCACCUCUUUAGCGUCUUCUCGUCGUGAGAACAUGUUAUUAUUAUUCUCUUAUAUUUAAUAAAUAAAACAACAACAACAGAAAACAAAUUAAAUAUAUAAAAUUAUUAAAAUGAAGCAUCAUAAAUAUGAAAUAAAAAUAAAAACAAAGAUAUAAAAAUUAUAAACUUAAGAAACAAAAAUCAAACGUUUUAACAUCAUAAGGAAUAUUUAGUUUCGAAGCAUAUACAAAACAAAGAUUAAAAAAUGAUGGAUUAUUAAGUAAA